AUGGCGCCGGGAGGGCGAGUGCCCUUUGCUCGGUUCCAGGGGCUCCCGUCUCCACCGAAGGGCCAUAAACUAGGGAGUGGUGUGCUGCCCUUCCCGCUACCGCCCGCCCUGCCAUUGCUCACCACUGUCCCCAAUCAGGGAUGGGAGAUUUUGCAAUCUGGGACGCUAUUUCUGUGCAGUUGGAGUUUAAACUUUGCCACUUGGGUCAGGGCACCACGGAAGAGGAGGAGGUGGCCGGUCUCACUGUCCGCCCCGUUCCCCUGAGCACUGAAGGGGUUGAGAAGACAGGACGGUUCCGUGGGUGUGGGAUCUCACACAGCCAUGGCCUCUGGCGUGGGCAGCCUCGACAGCCUCGACCUGCUGGACCUCCUCUUCGACCGCCAGGAUGGGAUCCUCCGUGGUGUGGAGCUGGGGAUGCCGCCGGGCUCCUGGCACAAGGACGGGUGUGCCCAGGACAGUGAAGACUUCCUCAGCUCCAUCCUGGGCUCCGGGGACUCGGCGUCGGACUCGCCCAGCUGGUCCCCGGCCGCCAGCGACAGCGGGGUCUCUGAAGACCCCCCCUCUGACCAGCUCGACAGCCCCCCCAGGUGCUGUGACGGGGGUCCCAGCGAGGUCCUGUACCCCUACGCCAACCCCUGUCGGGCUCUGCCUCUCCCGGGGGCGACUGGGGUCCUGCACCCCGAGGUCUCCAUCGACCUGGACAUGUGGCACCCCGGCUUCUUCCUGGAGGAGAGCCAGGACCUGCCCGCGGUCUCCCCGCCCGCAUCCUGCACCCUCACCGUCAAGGACCUGCUGCUCUCAGGCAGCUCUGAUGCCCAGCAACAGGUGCCCAGUUCCCUGCUGAGGCAGAGCCAGGGGCAGUUCCAGGAGCUGGUGCUGACGGAGGAUGAGAAAAAGCUGCUGGCGAAAGAGGGGGUGUCCCUGCCCACACAGCUGCCCCUCACCAAGUACGAGGAGCGGGUGCUGAAGAAGAUCCGGCGGAAGAUCAGGAACAAGCAGUCGGCUCAGGAGAGCCGCAAGAAGAAGAAGGAAUAUAUUGAUGGGCUGGAGAGCCGGAUGUCGGCGUGCACGGCCCAGAACCAGGAGCUGCAGAGGAAAGUCCUGCACCUGGAGAAGCAGAACUCGUCCCUCCUGGAGCAGCUGAAGAAGCUCCAGGCCCUCGUGGUACAGUCAAGCAAUAAGGCAGCGCAGACAGGAACCUGCAUCGCGGUCCUGCUGCUCUCCUUCGCACUCAUCGUCUUCCCCUCCAUCAGCCCCUUUGCCUCCAGCAAGGCUGAAGCAGACGGCGACUUCAGACCCAUGCGAGUUUUCUCCAGGUCCCUGCACAACGCGGCCGCCUCCCGCGUGGCUUACACACAGCCCCAAGCUGGGGACGAGAAGCCCCCGGAGCCGCUGUGGCCGGAGCGCCUGCGCAAAGCCCCCGAGACCCUGCACGAGGCCUUUGGUGGCCGCACAUUCACCCCACGCCUGGACAAAGUCUCCUCCCGUAACGGCACGCAGCCGCUUGCCUCGGAGGGGCUGAGCCGUGGGGACAGUGAUCCAGCUGCUGCCGCAGCGUGGACCGAGGCUGCCCACAGCAGGCCCACGGUGCUGGAGCCAGCUGAGGAGCUUUAAGCAGCACCCAGGGACCACGGGGGGGGGGGGGUGCGAUGGGGUGGCUCAGCACCUCAUCCCCUCUAGGACAAGCCCUUGGGGUGACCCCUCUAGGAUCUGCCUCCAGGUGCGGGCAGAUGCUGGACCCGCUUGGCUUUGCUUGUAUCUGUGAACUGGGAAGAUGAGACUGGUUCCCACUGGCCUUACUGGGAGGGAAGGGGCUGCUCCUACCCCGCUGGGUGCAGCAGGAGUUGUGGAAGGGACACAGGGUCGCUCAGGAUGGGGACGAGGGAACUGGAGGGGCCUUGGGCUGGUUGGCUAUUGAUGUUGCAACUGGUUGGUUUUGUUUUUUUGUUUUUUUUUUUUUUUAAGCUUUAUUUUCACUUCUGAAUACAAGGUAUUUUGGAAAAAAUCCACCUGCUUUAGUUUAAUACGGGGUGAUCCACAAGGUUUUGAGGACCCUUGGGCCAGGGACACCUCGAGCCCUGCCACCAUGAGCUCACAGGGUCCAACAGAGCCGGGACACGUGGCCAGACGCAGCCUGGGGCUGCCCCAGGAGCAGCGGGCAGAGGGACCGGGGCACCAGCCCCAGCUCUGCGCCAGGUCAGGAUUCGGCCAGCACCCCCCCUUCCCUCCCAGAACCGUCCCCAGCACACGCGGGACUGGGCUGCAGGCAGAUCUCAGCCAGGAGAUUGCAGCAGCAGCUCAGCCCAACCACUGCCCGGCCCCAGCUUCAUCCGAGGUGGCACCAGCUGCCCCGAUGAUCCCCUUGGGUCACCGCCCCAAGCGCUGAGCACCCUCAUCCCUCUGCCCCUCCAAGGUCUGCCGGACCCCAUAACCAUCUCCUCGCAGAGAGGGAAUUAGGUGCUCAGGCUGUUUCAAGCAGGCAACAUCCCUCCCGGGCCGGUGGGUGCUGCUGCCUCAGCACACCCAAAUCAAGUGUAUUUAAUACUUACAUAAAAAAAGGGA